CACACACACACACUGAUGCAUACACACACCAACAAACCACUGCAUCACCACCAACGACUUCCCUACCACUACUCGCUCACCUCUCUCCCUCCCUUGUAUAAAACCACCACCGGUUGCCCCGCCCUCUCCACCCACUCACCACUGCUCCAUCACACACUUCCAGUAGCUAACUUAACUACUGCCCACCACUCUUCCUUCGUGCCAGAGAGAAUCAGCAAGGCGCGUUCUUGCGUGUGUUGGAUCGGCGUACGUGCGUGCAUGGCGGUGGACGCGGUUCGCGACGCGGCGGCGAUGGUGAGCGAGGAGGAGGAGGAGGAGGGGCAGCUGCGGUCCGACGAGGGGUGGGGCAAGCGGAGGCGCCCGAGGCGCCAGCGCCAGCGUGCGCCCAGCGAGGAGGAGCACCUCGCGCUCAGCCUCCUCAUGCUGGCGCGCGGCCACCGCGACCGGCACCUGCUCCCGUCGUCCUCGCCGGCGCAGGAGCACCGCUGCUCCGUGUGCGGCAAGGGGUUCCCGUCCUACCAGGCCCUGGGCGGGCACAAGGCGAGCCACCGCCCGAAGCCGGCCCCCGCCGGCGCGGACGAGCCCGCCGCGUCCUCGUCAACGACGUCCAGCGGCGCGGGCGCGGGCGGAGGUGGCAGGGUGCACGAGUGCUCCGUGUGCAAGAAGACGUUCCCGACCGGGCAGGCGCUGGGCGGGCACAAGCGGUGCCACUACGAGGGCCCCAUGGGCGCCUCCGCGGUCGCGAGCCGAGGGUUCGACCUGAACCUGCCGGCGCUGCCGGACAUCGUCACCGAGCGCGAGCGGUGCAUGCCGGCGCCGGCCGACGAGGAGGAGGUGCUCAGCCCGCUGGCGUUCAAGAAGCCGAGGCUGAUGAUCCCGGCAUAACCAAAUCAUCAAAGAAAUUUUCGAACAUCAACCAGUUGAUGAGUGGAUCGCGUGCCCCGUCCCGUCGGUGUGUAUUCCUUUGGAUUGCUUAUGCUCGGCUGGUUGGUGAUACGUACUACACACGUAGUACCUCCUGCUUGCCAGCCAGCCAGUGGAGCGUAGAGGUCGAUCGAGCUGGCCAUCGAUUGGUGUAGUACAUGUCACUCUAUAUUUUCCAUAUAGUACGCACUGCAUCUCAGUAGAUCGGUUCUUUCAUUGAUUAAUUUGUUUGGUGUACGUAAUAACACAAUUCAACGAGAUUGACAUGGUAUACAGAGAGUACAA